AUGUUUGAGCGCCUUGGACUAAAUCUUGAUGUUUUCAGAGGUGAAAGUGAAGACGAAGAUGACGUCCCCAACGCUGAAAGCUUGAAGAUUGUUGACAUUGAACUAAAUGUGGCCCAGAACACCCAAGAGCACCAUUGCGAUGAAUAUGAUAUUACAAGAGACACGGAUGACACUGGUAAAUACCAGACUCCAAAAUUGGUGGUCAGAAGAGGUCAAUCCUUCGACAUUACUCUUUGUUUGAAUCGCCCUUACAAUAAGGAUACCGAUAAAGUAGCUCUUCAAUUUGCAGUUGGUGAACGCCCCAAAAUGGCCAAGAAAACGCUGAUCAGGUUGCCGAUCAACACAACUGAAGACGACAGCGGCUGGACAGUUACACUUAAGGGUACCAAAGGUAAUGAAAUGACUGUGACCGUCACUACUCCAAAUACCUGUUACGUAGGUAAAUGGAGACUAAUGGGAUGUGUCACUGACAGCGACAAUCAAACAAGAUUAAGCAGAAAGAAGGAAGUUUACAUCAUUUUCAAUCCAUUCAACAAAGAUGAUGAUGUUUACAUGAGUGAUCCAACGAACAGAGAAGAAUAUGUUUUGAACGAGUAUGGUUUGAUCUUUGUUGGUACAUCUGCUAACAUCAGCAAGAGGAAUUGGAACUUCGCUCAGUUCCAAGGAAAUAUUCUGGAUUGUGUUAUGUACCUCUUGGACAAGAGUGAAAUGCCAUACACCGAUCGCGGCAAAGCGAUGCUUGUGUCUCGAAGACUUUCAGCUAUGGUAAACGAAGCCGAUGACGGUGGCGUAUUGGUAGGAAACUGGAGUGGUAACUACGAAGGCGGCAUAUCACCCCUCGAGUGGCAGGGAAGUGAGAGAAUCCUUGAACAAUACUGGGCAACAAAAAAGAGAGUAAAGUAUGGCCAAUGCUGGGUAUUCUCCGGAGUCCUGACAACAGUAUGCCGUGCUCUUGGUAUCCCGUGCCGAAGUGUAACCAAUUUCAGCUCUGCCCACGACACAGACAGCAGUGUAACCAUUGACAAGUUCUACAAUGAAGACUUCGAAAGUGAAGACUAUAUGAACGAAGACAGCGUUUGGAACUUUCAUGUGUGGAACGAGGCUUAUAUGUCUCGCCCAGAUCUGAUUGGAAAAGAUUAUGGUGGAUGGCAGGCGAUCGACGCAACUCCUCAAGAAACUAGUAAUGGUAUUUAUUGUUGCGGCCCAUGUCCUGUACGUGCAAUCAAAAAUGGCGACAUUGGAGUUAAUUAUGACGCUUCAUUCAUUAUGGCCGAAGUGAACGCUGACUCUUUCGCCUGGAUGCGGCAAGAGGACGGAAGCUACAGUAAAUUCCAGUUAUCCAGCGACUCAAUUGGUCGAAAAAUUAGCACCAAAUCCGUGCUGAAACCAGAGAGAAACGACAUCACCCAUGAAUAUAAAUUUGCUGAAGGAACCGCUGCUGAGCGCGCAGCUGUGAUAAGAGCAGUUCGAUCAGGUACCAGAGCUGAUGCCUUCCACACUGGAAUCGAAGACGUGAAAAUGGAAGUUGUAACUGAUCCUAUCCACAUUGGUUCGGAUUUCCGUGCAAAGGUCAAGAUUGAAAACACUUCAAGUGAAAUUCGCAGCAUAAAAGGCAACUUGUCAAUUAUGACUGUAUUCUACACCGGAGUUAUGGCGCACUCAAUUGUGAAGAAGCCGGUUAAACUUGAAAUUCAACCUUCAUCAAGUGAAAUUUUGGAAACAGUUGUUACAUACGAUGAAUAUGCAAACAAGCUGAUGGACCACUGCGGUAUAAAUCUUACCUGUCUGUUGCUGGUUGACAAAACACAUCAACCCCUUCACUACAGCGAUUCUUAUGAACUUGAAAAACCCGACCUUCUGAUCAAAGCUCCAAGCAAGGGCAAAGUGAACGACACUUUUGACGUGGAAGUGUCAUUCAAGAAUCCUUUGAAGGUCAGCCUGACAAGCUGUGUACUCAGAAUUGAAGGACCUGGUAUAACCAAAGGACAAGAUUUUAGACAAAAGAACGUUGGCCCGGGCGAAACUUUCCUUACUUCAGUCAAGUUAACGCCACGUCUGAAAGGAACGCGUACUAUUCACGCUAACUUCUCUUGUGACCAAAUAAUGGGAAUUGAUGGAUCCCAUUUCAUCAACAUCGAACAAUCUUAA